AUGAUUGGCUGGCUGGGCGAUGCCCGGAGAGGGUGCAAGCGCCUGGAGCGCAGGCGCGCCUCCUUCCCCCAGCCCCAGGCUUCAGAGCGGUGCCGGCGGGGCGGCGGCAGCGGCAGCAGCAGGAGCCGCAGCCCGCAUGUAGCUUCACCGCUCCCCCUUUUGUCACAGAGCGUCACCCCUGCGCCGAAACAGCACACCAACGACAAUAUCACCAUCUUCACUCGAAUUUUGGACGGGCUGCUGGACGGAUAUGAUAACAGACUUCGGCCGGGACUAGGGGAAAGAAUCACUGAAGUUAAAACUGACAUCUACGUAACAAGCUUUGGCCCCGUCUCGGACACUGAAAUGGAGUACACGAUCGAUGUAUUCUUCCGCCAAAGUUGGAAGGACGAGCGUCUGAAGUUUAAAGGGCCCAUGCAGCUCUUGUCACUGAACAACAUGCUGGCGAGUAAGAUCUGGACUCCAGAUACUUUCUUUCAUAAUGGCAAGAAAUCGAUAGCUCACAAUAUGACCACCCCUAACAAACUGCUCCGGCUGGUGGACGACGGCACUCUGCUGUACACUAUGAGGUUAACCAUUUCUGCUGAAUGCCCUAUGCAACUAGAAGACUUUCCUAUGGAUGUUCAUGCUUGCCCCCUUAAAUUUGGAAGCUAUGCCUAUCCAACCUCUGAGGUUUUUUACACCUGGAAGAAUGAAUCUCACAAAUCUGUGGUUGUGGCAGAAGAUGGAUCACGUCUGAAUCAGUAUGAUUUGUUACAUCAAACUGUGGGCAGUGAAAUUAUCACUUCAAGCACAGGUGAAUAUGUAAUAAUGACGGCACAUUUCCAUCUGAAGAGAAAAAUUGGUUAUUUUGUCAUCCAAACCUAUCUCCCCUGCAUUAUGACUGUUAUCUUGUCCCAGAUGUCAUUUUGGUUGAACCGAGAAUCUGUCCCUGCCAGAACAGUGUUUGGUGUAACCACAGUGCUGACAAUGACAACGUUGAGCAUUAGUGCAAGAAACUCUUUGCCCAAAGUAGCUUACGCCACUGCAAUGGACUGGUUCAUAGCUGUGUGUUAUGCAUUUGUCUUUUCUGCUCUGAUCGAGUUUGCAACAGUGAAUUACUUCACCAAACGAAGCUGGGCUUGGGAUGGGAAAAAAGCAAUGGAAGCUUUUCAAUCUAAGAAAAAAGAAACCUUGGCAAGGAGUAUGAACAACGCAUAUGCGAUUGGAGGAAUGACUUACACCCCGAAUAUUACAAAGGACCCUGUCAUACCAAGUAUUUCAAAGAGUACAGCUGUGCAAAUGAGGGCAGAGGAAAAGGCUGCUGAAAGUAAAAAGUCUUACAACAGUGUCAGCAAGAUUGACAAAAUGUCCAGGGUUGUGUUUCCUGUUCUUUUUGGAAUCUUUAAUUUAGUUUAUUGGGCCACAUAUUUGAACAGAGAGCCAGUUAUAAAAGAAGCCAUUACUCCAAACUAACCAUCCCAGAAAUUAACUGUACAGUACCUCCGGAUGUUGACCAUAUUCGCAGACACCGAUGUAAGCAGGGAAGAUUUUAAACGCCUGAAACUUUUAUACUGUAUGUUUAUUCAAACUAUUUCUGACCUUUUUUUCAUAUUUUUUGCAUGUCAUAAGCAGAUGAUGUCAGAUUUGCUUUGACAAUUUCUAUAAUUAACUGCAAAUUAAGCAGGGCACAAUAAUCUUUUUGAGAAUGCAGUAAUUAAAGAAUAAUAUUGAAGUCUGACUUUUGUGUAUGCAGGUUGAAAAUAAAUUACUGUAAAUAAC